UCGUCAACGGCAUACGGCAAUCAUUUCCCUUAUACAUUUUCGAUGAGUGAACCGACCGUAGUCGACAAGUACAUAAUAUUAUAAUAAAUAACAUUUAAAAAAUACAAUUUGUUAUCAAUCGCCCUGGGACUGAUCCGGGACAACAUGCCGUUCUACAAGGACGACGAACCGCACUUCAAGUACUCGUACGAAACCAGUCAUGUGGUGUACGGCGACGACAACAGUAGCCAGAGCGGCAACCCCAACAGCGGGGACGACGACGAAGACGACGACGGCGGUCCCAACGCCUGGGACACGGAGACGGCGGGCAACAGCGACACGAGCAGCGGCAGCACAAGUGGUUCCAAGUCGGUAGACUCCACGGGCAAGGGCAAAGAACGCGGCGCGGGCCGGGGCAAGUGGUUCAAGAAAUUGCGGAUGAUCUUCGACCGGCUGCAGGUGGACGAGAAAAAGGAGAAACCGAGAAAAAAGGUCAAGUCCAUCCUCCGGCCACCCGUCCAAUACACUUACGUCGUCGGUAUGUCUGGCAUCACGUCCAGAGUACCCGUCUUCAGAAUGUGAGCUCGGCCUGCUGUUCUAUCGCCUUUUCUUUGGAACACCAUCGGACCCCGUCUACCAGAUAAAUACCGUCAUUGCGUCAACAGGAACUUCAUAACGUCACAGGCAACAAUCGAUUCGCAUAAACAUCCCGAACACAGUAUAGUUCAUCAUAAGCAAUUUGUCAUUUCGUAGCAGGUUAACAAUUCGCACACUAGUGGUAAUUAAUAAUUAAUAAAAUUAAUCACCCUAAAUUAUUCUAAAAACCGUAUAUUCUUAAUUAAUUAAUAUUAUAUCCACUCGACAGUGAUUUAAAUUUUACUCUCCAAUUUAUCUAAGCGUCACCUAAUAUUCUAUAUAGUGUUUAGUUGAACAUCUAGAUUUUAGUGUAGAUUAUUGACUUUAGAUGAUGAUUUCAACAGUGUGAUACCAGUUUAAUUUUCAAAAUAAUAACAUAGUACCUAUAAGUAAAUAGGAGACAUGAUUAAUGGUAUUUUCUUAAGGUACUACUUUAUUAACUAACUAAUUAUUAUAAAGUUAAUUUAUAUAUUAUAUAUUAUAUAUAC